CAUGACCCAUUGAUGAUAUUGACAAAAUUAUCACUUGAUCAAUCAAUCUCUCCCAUUGUUCAUCAAAUUACUCUUAAUGAGAGAGAGAGAGAGAGAGAGAGAGAGAGAGGAAAAAUCAGCCCUUGGGAGCUCUCUCUUUGUUGUGUGUGUGGAAGCUUCUUCUCAGCUUUAUAUAUCUACGCACUUGAGGCCCCUGGUAUUGAAUACCUCACCUUUGCUCAACAAGUAGAACUCAUAAUACUUGACCUCCAAAAGCAUUGCUCUUCAACAAACGAUCAUACCUAUAUCCACGAUUUAUCAUCGCCACUUUAGCACCCAACAUAAAGGGAAAAGGUAAAACCCGCUUUUCUUGUGCGGAGGAUACAAAUAUCAAGAAACAUCAUCGUAAGUGGGCGGGAUCGAUCGUGGUGUUUCCAUCAAGAGAUAGUGCAGGCUUGCAAGCAACCACGACCAUAUAGAAUAGACAUCACUCUAUGGCUAGCUAGGUGAGAUAUUAGUACAGGUUUCACUCUCUUUAUUUUGUUUCUCUCCAUCUCCCCCACUUUUUCCAUAAACCGGUUUGUUCUUUGUCAAAACUUUUCUUUUCUAAGUGUCAUAGCCAUUAUUGAACCAAACAAGCUUCACAAAAGCAAAAAGAAAGCUCUUCUCUGCCAUGGCUUCAUCCCUUCUAUUUUCCUUCAACAAUCCUAAUUGCACCCACCCAUCUAUUGAUGAGCUUCCCUUGCCCAAAUACAAUAAUCCCACAAAGCCCAACAACGUCGUCCUCCAUAGAAACAAACCCUUUUUAAUGCCUAGGACGACAAUGGAAAGAAGGUCCCAGUUCAUAUGCUCGGCAUCGAGCGUCUUGAUCAGCCCAGAGGAGCUGGAGGAUGACGAGAGUGAUCAGGAGGAAACUCUCGUUUUCGACGAAGACCUAGACACUCGCAGGGAAGACACGAGGCCACUCAGCCAAGUCUGGCGGGAAAUCCAGGGCUCGAACGACUGGGAAGGUCUGUUGGACCCCAUGAACUCCCAUCUCCGAAGGGAGAUAAUCCGGUAUGGCGAGCUGGCUCAGGCAUGUUAUGAUUCCUUCGACUUCGAUCCCCACUCCAAGUACUGUGGCACGUGCAAGUACCAGGGGUCGGAGUUCUUCGAGAAGCUCGAGAUGGCGCAUCUCGGUUACCAGACGAGCAGGUACCUCUAUGCGACCUCGAACAUCAACCUCCCAAACUUCUUCCAACACUCACGGCUGAGCAAGGUGUGGAGCACGUAUGCUAACUGGAUGGGGUACGUGGCGGUUCUGACCGAUGAGGAAGAGAUCAAGCGGCUGGGUCGGAGGGAUAUUGUGAUUGCCUGGAGAGGCACCGUGACGUACCUCGAGUGGAUCUAUGAUCUUAAGGACAUCCUUCACCCUGCGAAUUUCGGUGAUGACCCCUCGAUCAAAAUUGAGGCCGGUUUCCAUGACUUGUACACCAAGAAAGAAGAUAACUGCCAUUUCUGCUCGUUCUCGGCCAGGGAACAAAUCCUGUCGGAGGUAAAACGCCUGCUCGAUUACUACAGGGGAGAGGAGAUCAGCAUCACGGUCACGGGUCAUAGUCUUGGGGCAGCCCUGGCGAUAAUAAGUGCCUACGACAUUGCAGAGAUGAAGGUUAAUGUCAUGCGCGAUGGGUCCUCGGGGAAGAUGACUACAGUUCCCAUCACCGUCUAUUCCUUCGCCGGUCCUCGGGUCGGCAAUCUCAAGUUCAAGGAGAGGUGUGACGAGCUCGGGGUGAAGGUGCUCAGGGUCGUGAACGUGCACGACAAGGUCCCGACCGUGCCGGGGAUCAUUGCAAACGAGAAGAUGCAAUUCCAAAAGUACUUGGAGGACACCAUAUCAUUCCCAUGGAGCUAUGCACAUGUGGGAGUGGAGCUUGAGUUGGAUCACACUCACUCGCCAUUCCUAAAAUCCACCAUCGACCCAAGCUAUGCUCAUAACCUAGAAGCCCACAUCCACUUAGUGGACGGAUACCACGGGAAGGGACGUAAGUUCCGGCUUGUGACCAAGAGAGACAUCGCGCUCGUUAACAAGAACUGCAAUUUCCUGAAGCCCGAGUAUGGCGUGCCGCCAAACUGGCGGCAAGACGAGAACAAGGGGAUGGUGAGGAACAGCGAUGGGCGGUGGGUGGUGCCGGAGCGGCGGAUAAUCGACGGACACCCACCAGACACGGCCCACCACCUCCAACAAGCGCUCAACGUGGCCACCGAUGAUGGCAUGGGUGGUGGCUUUCCGUUAGAAGCCAUUUGAUACCUUUACAUUAGGACUAACAAAUUAGAGUUUAUCGUUAUUAUCAUAUUCGUGUGAUUAUUGUAAUUAAUUAUAUUCAAAAUACAAUGUACCUGCAUUUAUGCGUACGUACAUGUAUCUGCAUCCCUCUUCUAACCGAGAAGAUGUUUUGUGUAACCGAGAUUAUAUCAAAAGAAACAUAGAAAAUAU